CCAGCGCUCUCGCGAGACUUGGUGCCGCCGGAGGAUGAGCUCCACUUGAGCAACCUCCCUGAGCCGAGUCCGCACCCAAACAGUCAGAGGCCGUGUCCCUACAUCAACACAGCUCCGCCAUGGCAGCCCCCGCACCUAUCAAAGGGAUUUUAAAAAACAGAAACACGGCGCCGUCUCAGCAAAACUCGGCGCUAGAUCUUUGUACCGAGGAGGAGGAGUACAAUAAAAAGUCGCAGAAAUGGGAUGAAAUGAACAUUCUUGCCACUUAUCAUCCAGAAGGGAAGGACUAUGGACUAAUGAAAAUCGAUGAGCCCAGUACACCAUACAACAGGAUGAUAGAAGGAGAUGAUGAUGAUGAAGCUGCAAUGAGUGACUCCGAAUCAAAUGUAAAUAUUACUGCAGAAAUACUAGCAAAAAAACUUACAGCAGCUGAAGGAAUUAAUCCUAAAAUCUUUGAGCCAAAGGAAGAAAGUAGUGAAGAAGAGGAAGAAUUAACUCCAGAAGAACAAGAAAACAAAAAGCAGUUUGAGAUGAAGAGAAAAAUGCAUUACAAUGAAGGCAUGAAUAUCAAAUUAGCAAGACAGUUAAUUGCCAAGGAACUCGAAGAUGAUGAAGAUGACAUGAAAGGAGCUCGAGAUCUAGAAGAGGACUUUGAAGAUGAUACGGAUGAGGACCUUUCUGAAAAUGAGGACCUUGAUUCAUAGAACAGAGCAAUUUUUUAAUUCUGGCACAAAAAUAUCCCAGCUAACAGCAUUUGCCAUCAAUAGGUUUUAACUUAUUGAAGCACUGAGGUGCUUCAAUGACAAUCCAACUUGCAUUCAGAUAAGUGUAGUUCCAUCUGUGCACUCAGAAUUUUGCAGUCGGUGUAUUUCUACAGUAAUGUAAAUAAAAUCCUCGAGAGGUGGGCAGGAGGUGCCUGUCUGCCUGUUUUUUUUUGUGCUUACACUGGGGUUGAAUCACAAAGCACUUGUUUCCUGGAAACCGCAGUAGCAAAGAAUUAAUUGACUAGAACAUAGCACAGAACACCGCAGCCUCUCUUGUCUAUUAAACGACUUGUGGUACUUCAGUAUCUGUGUGAUGCUGUGUGCACAGUGCUUAGUUCACAUUGAUACACUUAUCCAGUUUAUUUUUUUGCUGAAUACUUUUUCAUAUGAUAUUUGCAACAGGUAACCAGUUUUAGUUAAUAUUUUUGUAUUUGAGGAGUUUUUGAUUUCUGCAGCACUUACAUUUGGAAAGUGCUCAAAAUGAAAGUCCUGAUAAGUGCUUCGCUAGCACUUAAUGCAAUCUUUUGUCUUUGAAAUAAUUUCAGUGCUGCUGAUGGUAUAAGUUAACACAAUUUAUACUUGUGUUGAUGUUAACAAGUGUCACUUAAGGAUACUGCAGCCCUGUUUUUAAGGAAUGCUAAAAAUCUAAUCAAAUACAUGUGAAAAGAUAUUUACUAAGUGCCACCAUUGUCAAGAACUUACCUAUAGUUUACUUUAGGUAAGGGGAUAAAAUCCCAAUUAAUUGCAUGAAUUGGUAUUUGGUGUAAUAUACAGCUUUACAUAGGGCAAUGAAAGGGAUAAUGUCUUCUCAUAUUUUUAUUUACACGUAAUUUUGUUCUCUGAAAAUGUGUCUCCUCACAAAUUUGGAUUUAAGAAAUUCAUUGUAACUAAUGGAUUUGAAAAGCACAUCAUUAUAAAGCCCAUCACAACCGGGAUGAGAGGCAAGCCAUUUUUAUAAUUCAAACAAGAUUGUAUAAUUCCACUCUCCAAAGCCUAUUUUCUCUGGAAUAUUUUGUCUAUGGUUCUAGAUGGAACAUAUCAUUGAAGUGAAUUUAUUUUACAGAUAUGCACAUCCUUGAUCAUUAGUAAAUGUCUCAAUGUUUAACAGAUCACAAUUGUCUUGCAAUGUUUCAUCUAAUUAUCAUAUCUGUAUUCACUAUAUCUAAUUCCAGCCAUGGCAGAAUUGGCUCCUUUUGGCCUUCACACAAUAUUGUGUUAACUUCAAUUUAAGAAAACUAUACCCAUUGUGUGAAUGGAGAGAUAAAAUAAAAGGUAUGCAGCCA